ACCAUUUGCCACAAUCUCUCUAUUCUAAAACACUCCACACAUCUAAAAUCCCCAAAUACCACCAAAACAACCCAAUUCUCUCUCUAUUCUAUUCCUUUUACUCAUCCCACAAAACCAUUUUUAUUACUUUCAUUUAGCUUUCAAAUUAAAGCAUCCCCCUUAAAAUCAAAAAUAAAUUUCAAAUUGCACAAAUUUGUUUCCUUAAAAAAAAAAAAUGACCUUCACAAAAAAUUGUUUGAGAGAUUAGAGAGAAAAAAAGCCACAGUAAGGUAAAGCGCAGCCAUCAAACGGGGAUGAAGAAGACAACGUUUCUUCCCGGUUAAAAAAAAAAAAUACCACCAUCUUUAUUCUUCGAAACGUUUCGUACAUCCCGCCAUUGUUACCCUCCUUCAUUUUUCUCUCUCCUCAUUUUUCUUCACUGUUCGAUCUUCUUCCUCGGUUCCAACUCUUCUCUCUCCGUCGAUUGGCUCUUUUACUGGUGAAUUCUAGGGUUUUGGUAAUCUCCGAAUUUUUGUGCUAGUUUUUUCUCUCUCCUAAAUGGUGGAAGGCGUAAUCAGCGGAGAACCGUCGUCUUCGGGUUCGAGAGGUACGACGUCGUCGUUUGUGAAAAUCGGCGACCGGAUGAGGUUUACAGUGGAGUUGCGACCGGGUGAGACUACUAUUGUUUCAUGGAAGAAGCUUAUGAAAGACGCGGCUAAGGCUGAAGGCGUUGCUCGUUCCUCCGCCGCUGUUGCUAGCGUUGAUGUUGCUGCCGCCGCCGGUGCAACUGUUGCUGCUGCUGCUGCUCCGCAGCCUCCUUCGAGUGCUCAUCCGGCUCUUGAGUCUCGCCUCGCUCCGGGUCAAUCUGCUGGAAAUGAACUGAAUGAUGCACCUGCUCCUAAUCGUUUCAAUGCUGUUAUUGAAAAGAUCGAACGCCUUUAUACAGGAAAAAAUAGCAGUGACGAGGAAGACCUUGAUGACAUACCAGAUGAUGAUCAAUAUGAUACAGAAGACUCAUUCAUUGAUGAUGCUGAACUGGAUGAGUAUUUUGAAGUUGACAAGUCAAAGACUAAGCAUGAUGGUUACUUUGUUAACAGGGGGAUGCUGGAGAAAGUAAGUGAGCCAUUGGAGGCAGCUAAUCAGCAACCAAAAAAGAGGAGGAGAAAGGAAGUACCAAAGGCUCCUGGGGAUGAUAAUGAUGAUCAGCGUGCCAUUAAGCACAUGAAAGUGCGCAAAAAGGGUGCUGGGAAGUCUGCAUCAGCUGACAAGGGUGCUUUGCCUACAUCUCAAAGCCCUUCGUUGAAGAGCUCUGAGGACUUGAAAUCUCAGAAUCACCAGAAGAUCAUUGCUGAUAGUAGACCCUCUCUUGAUCCUUCCCCAUCUUUGAAGACAUCACUUGGGGAUACAUCCUCCGCUUUAGCAGAAAACAUUAACGACAAGCAAAAGACAGGGAUAUUCCUGGCAAAAAGUCCUAGUAGCAAGCUGAAAGAGGCAAGUGAAAAUGGUGCUAAAUUGGAAUAUAUGCACAAAACUCAAUCCCUCAAACCAAACCAUUCUAAGGAGUUGGAAUCAGUGGCACAGCACAAGGAUAACAGUGGCAUGCGUGAAAAGAUAGACCUUAAUCUACCUGACACUAAACAGACUAUACAGCCUGUGAAAAAUUCCGCUCUUCACAAGAAGGAUGGUUCUAAUGCUAAGCCCAAAGCCAAUUCGUUGGAGAAGUCCAUUAGAGAACUGGAGAAGAUGGUUGCAGAAUCGAGGCCACCAGCUCCAGAUGCUGACUCGUCAGGGCAGUCUAUCAAAAGAAGAUUGCCUCGAGAAAUCAAGCAGAAGCUUGCAAAAGUUGCUAGAUUAUCGCAUGCAAGCAAUGGUAAGGUGCCAAAGGAACUGUUGGCCCGUCUUAUGGGUAUUCUUGGACAUUUUGUUCAGCUCAGAACAUUAAAGAGGCACCUAAAAAUAAUGAUGACUUCGAGCUUGUCCGCAAAACAAGAGAAAGAUGACAAAUUCCAACAAGCAAAAAAGGAGGUUAUUGAAAUGAUUAAAAUGCGUAUUCCAUCUUUGAUGUCUAAGGCAGCUGAGCAACAAAGUGGAGGUUCUGGUGAAUUUCAAGAAUGUGGACAUCUAGAUAAAGCAGUCAAAGGACAGCUUUGUAUGGAUACCACAUUGGAAGAUAAGAUAUGUGAUCUCUAUGACAUUUUCAUUGAUGGACUUGAUGAAGAUGCAACCCCUCAAGUUAGGAAAUUAUAUGCUGAGCUUGCCGAACUAUGGCCUAAAGGAGUGAUGGACAAUCAUGGUAUUAAACGUGCGAUAUGUCGCGCAAAAGAACGGAAGAGGGCACUUAAUGAGAAGAAUAAGGACCAAGAGAAAGUUAGGAGGAAGAAGGUGCCAGCUACAAAUGCAGAAGAGACUGUCCGUGUUGAGUCUAGUUCAGAUAUUCAAUCGUCGUAUGUGGAUGCAAGGCUGGUCUCAGACCCCAGCGUAGCUUCUGUAGCUCAACAAAAUAAAUUUUCCACAAUGACGAGUACUACACCUGCAACUACAACUACAACUUCGACUGCAAUCAACACAAGUAUUGCUUCUUCAGUAUCAAUGCCCUCGACACACCUGCCUAAUAUCGAACGUUUGAAGCCAGAGAAAAUGAAGGUAACACAGAACAGUUCUCUGAUAGAUGUGAGGAUUGUUGAUAUGGGUGUAAAGAAAAAGGUGAAAAAGAGGGCAGAAAACCUGAUGGGAGAGCUACCUUUGCGUCCCGAGAAGUUAUCUUCGCACCAUGUGGAAGAUAAACAGAAACAGCACAAGCAUGUUGCAACUGCAGGCCAAAUACAGCAGAAUGCUCCUCAUAAGUCAAGUUUCAAUGAGUUCCGAUUUGAGCCUCUAACCUGAUAGACAUAAACAACACCGUGAACAUGCAUGUGUAACACAAGUGAUAUUUUCCUUUCAAAGGCCUCAUUUUUUUUUUCAAUUCUCGUCCUAGGUUUUAGUUAUCUUUAGCAGCUGAGUUUAGCCAGUUUUGUAAUUAAAUUGCCUUCCUCUCUAGCUUCUAAUCAUUCAUACAUCCUCUUUUACUAGAUCAUCUCUCUUCCUCAGCUUCACCUUCAGCUUCAAGGGCGUGUUUGACAUGAUUUUAGCAGAUAAUCUGGUGGAGUUUCUUGUUUACCUUGAUGUCUUACCUCUGUUAGGAUUAAAAUGAUGAGAUUAAACCUUAAUGAUAUUGCAUAUUUACUUUUAUUGUA